UCGGGCUUAGGUUGGGUUUUGCACAUCUUCUACCCUCGCUCCCGCCAUCACUUCCCUGCGCCACUCUGCAAUACCACUAGCCGUCUUUCCGACGUUAUAAAUGGCGGCUAUAGCCGGCGGCAACGCCACCGGAAAAGUUAUCCUCUCUCUCUAUUCAUCUUCCUCUUCCUCUUCUUCUUCCUCUCUCUUUUCUCUCUCCCGAUCAACUAUCCGCCGCCCUCCAUCGCAUUCUAGUGCUUUCCUAGGGUUUAGCCCAACCGUAUGUAUGUCUACUGUUUCUAUCACACCGGCAACGGACGAAGCCAUCCCUUCUCUCCACCACUCUCUGCUCCUCGAGCGCCUUCGUGUCCGACACCUUAAGGAAAGUUCGAAAGGCAGUUUGCAGAAUCAGACGAAGCCGGUGUCUGUUUCUGUCAGGCCUUUGGAUGUGGGGAGGAAGAAUAAGGAGGUGAAGGGAAGCGUUAUGGAUUCGAAUUUUGAGAAUCUUGGUUUGAAAGAUGAGGUGUUGGGCGCUGUUAGGGAGAUUGGCAUUUCUGUGCCGACGGAGAUACAAGCGAUUGGAGUGCCGGCAGUUCUCCAGGGGAAGAAUGUGGUUUUAGCUUCACAUACCGGGUCGGGGAAGACGCUGGCUUAUUUGCUUCCUUUGGUUCAGCUACUUAGACAUGACGAAGAUUUGUCUGGUAUUCUAAUGAAACCAAGGCGCCCUAGAGCUGUUGUACUCUGUCCAACAAGGGAGUUAACUGAACAGGUUUUUCGUGUUGCAAAGUCUAUAAGUCACCAUGCAAGGUUCAGGUCAACCAUGAUUAGUGGAGGCGGGCGUUCAAAGCCUCAAGAAGAUUCAUUAAAUGUACCACUUGACGUGGUUGUUGGGACACCUGGAAGGAUCCUUCAACAUAUUGAGGAUGGUAACAUAGUUUAUGGGGAUAUUAAGUACUUAGUCCUUGAUGAAGCAGAUACCAUGUUUGAUAAAGGCUUUGGCCCUGACAUUCGGAAGUUCCUCGGUCCACUAAAGAAACGUGCAGGUAAACCUGGCGAUCAAGGAUUUCAAACUGUACUGGUCACUGCAACAAUGACGAAGGCAGUGCAAAAAUUGAUUGAGGAAGAAUUUGAAGGAAUUGUCCAUUUGCGAACAUCCACCUUGCACAAGAAGGUUGCAUCUGCUCGGCAUGACUUCAUCAAACUUUCUGGCACUGAGAACAAGUUGGAGUCUCUUCUACAGGUUCUUGAACCGAGUUUGGCUAGGGGAAACCGAGUAAUGGUAUUCUGCAAUACACAAAGUUCAAGCCGUGCUGUGGAUCAUUUCCUGACUGAAAAUCAGAUAUAUACAGUAAAUUACCAUGGAGAAGUACCUUCAGGGGAAAGAGUGGAAAACCUGAGGAAGUUUAAGAGCAAUGAAGGGGACUGCCCUACCUUGGUGUGCACUGAUUUGGCGGCUAGGGGAUUGGAUCUAGAUGUUGACCAUGUAAUUAUGUUUGAUUUCCCAAAGAAUUCUAUUGAUUACCUUCACCGAACAGGAAGGACUGCGCGUAUGGGUGCCAAAGGUAAAGUUACAAGCCUCGUUGCAAAAAAGAAUCUGCUCCUGGCCGAUCGCAUUGAAGAAGCCAUGAGGAAAAAUGAGAGCCUAGAAUCCCUCAACGAAGGUAGUAUCCGAAGAGAUGCUGUCAAGUUAAGGCUGGUUGAUAAGAAGGGGAGAAACACAACUCAGACAAUUAAAACCAGUCAUCCAAAAUCUGCUGUAAUUUGGAGAAAAGCAGCUCCGACGGUAUCCCAGAAAUCAGCACCUAAAUCUCCUGUAUUUGGGAGAGCAGCAGCUGUAACAGUAUCGCAAAAAUCAGCAGCAAGAAAAUCUGGUGGCAAACCAGCAUCCAUUAAGGUUAAAAGAUUGACUUCACCAUCAAAUCCAGAUAGAAAGCCGGCAUCCAUUAAAGCUAAAAAGUCUUUUUCACUCUCAAAACCAGCAAGUUCAGCAGAUGUUUCAAAGGUUUCAGUGAACAAGAAAAUUAGUGUGAAAUCUGCUGGCUCGAAGCUGAGCAUUGUUGGGUUUAGAGGUAGGAGUUCCAUUGGAAAAAAGUAAGCAUUUACAUCAAGUCGAUGCUUUAAACUUUGGAGAUAUAUAUAUAUAUAUAUAUAUAUAUAUAUAU